AUGGAGCUCACUUGCAUCAAGAUACUCUACAUCGUUCUUGGCUCCAUUUUGGCUUACAUCACAAGUAUUCUUGGUGCAAGGUACAACUUGUGGCAUAAAAUACUAUUCAAGAUGUGGACACGGUUUAGACGCAUGAAACGGGGCGUGGAGGUGAAACACAUCAAACACAACAACUACAACUUCUCUUAUUUCACUCGAGGGAAGCCUGGAGCCCAGCCAUCCAUACUGAUGCUUCAUGGGUACCUAUUCAGCAAAGACAUGUGGUUAGAUACUCUUAAGUAUAUUCCUGAGGACAUCCAUGUGGUCUGUGUGGACCUUCCUGGUCAUGGGGCAACCACCCGCUUGCUGGGAGACAGCUACAGAGCAUCUGACCAGGCUGAGCGAAUUCAUGAGUUUGUCGAGUGCAUUGGUCUGGGAAAAAAACCCUUCCACCUGGUUGGCUUCUCCAUAGGCGGAAUGAUUGCUGGGGUUUAUGCUGCUCUUUAUCCAUCUUAUGUCCACUGUUUGUCCCUCCUUAGCCCAGGCGGUCUACGGUAUCAAGAAGGUUACAAAAUCGUCCAGCACUUGAGGGAGAUGGAGAUGUCUAUCAAUGUGGGAAGCAAUAAACUCCUUUCUUUGACCAAGAGACAGGCAGAAGAGCUAUUGAAGCUUGGCCUAUACCACCCAAGCGUAUCACAGUUGCAGCAACUUAAAGGAUAUCUUGAUGAAGGUAGACCAGAAACGAUGUUCUUCAUUAAAAACUUUUUAGACCUCUCCAGUGUGGAGUCCAGAUACAGCCUUCAGGACAAUGCAAGCAAGAUCACAGCUCCAACUGAGAUCAUCUGGGGAAAAUGUGACAAGGUACUUGAUUCCUCUGGAGCAGACGUUUUAGCCAAAGCUAUUCCUCAGUGCCAGGUGUACUUAUUGGAUAGAUGUGGACACUUCAUAACCAUAAACAGGCCACAGAAAUCUGCAGAGCUCAUCCUGGAAUUCCACAAUUCAGUUUGUGGCACCAAGAAGACUAACUAG